CGGUGGGUGUGACCUCCAUUCCUGAUUUUGACGAGGCGUGUAUUGGACACUCCCGUUGUGUCGCACGUGUUGGCCGCUCGUUGACUCUCCCUCCCGGUCGCCAUGGCUGCAGCUGUGGACAUGUACGGUGUUUCCGAGAAGAUGUCGAAGACCCAUCUGGAUGCAGUGACGCGGGACUACGUCUGCGAGCCUCGUCUAGAUUAUCGGACCGUCUCCGGUGUCGCUGGACCUCUUGUAAUCCUCGAUAAAGUGAAGAAACCAAAAUUUGCGGAGAUUGUCGAACUGAGGCUUGGUGAUGGGACCUCUAGGAGAGGGCAGGUUUUGGAGGUGGAUGGAGAAAGAGCGGUCGUCCAGGUGUUUGAAGGAACGUCUGGCAUUGAUAACAAGGGGACAACUGUCGAGUUCACUGGAGAGGUCUUGAAGACCCCAGUUUCUCGGGACAUGCUGGGACGCAUCUUCAAUGGAUCUGGAAAGCCCAUUGACAACGGCCCCCCUAUUCUUGCUGAGGCUUACCUUGAUAUCUCAGGUAGUUCAAUCAACCCCAGCGAGCGAACUUAUCCUGAGGAGAUGAUUCAGACUGGGAUCUCCACAAUCGAUGUCAUGAACUCCAUCGCUAGAGGGCAGAAGAUUCCUCUGUUCUCGGCAGCAGGGUUGCCGCAUAAUGAAAUUGCUGCACAGAUCUGUCGGCAGGCUGGUCUCGUGAAAAAGCUGGAGAGGAGAGAUGACAUGCUUCAGGGGGAGGAUGACAACUUUGCCAUCGUGUUUGCGGCCAUGGGUGUGAACAUGGAGACAGCACAGUUUUUCAAGAGGGACUUCGAGGAGAAUGGCUCGAUGGAAAGAAUCACUAUGUUCUUGAACCUGGCAAAUGACCCUACCAUUGAGCGUAUCAUUACUCCACGUAUUGCAUUGACGACAGCAGAGUACCUUGCAUACGAGUGUGACAAGCAUGUCUUGGUCAUUCUCACGGACAUGAGCUCUUAUGCUGAUGCGCUUCGUGAGGUGUCAGCAGCUCGUGAAGAAGUGCCCGGGCGCCGUGGAUAUCCUGGUUAUAUGUAUACCGACUUGGCGACCAUCUAUGAGAGGGCAGGGCGUAUUGAGGGAAGGAAGGGAUCAAUUACUCAGAUUCCAAUUCUAACCAUGCCCAAUGAUGAUAUCACACAUCCAAUUCCUGAUUUGACUGGCUACAUUACAGAAGGGCAAAUCUACAUUGAUAGGCAGCUUCACAACAGACAGAUCUUUCCGCCAAUCAAUGUCUUGCCGUCGCUUUCCCGUCUCAUGAAGAGUGCUAUUGGUGAGGGAAUGACUCGUAAGGAUCAUUCUGAUGUAUCCAAUCAGCUGUAUGCGAACUAUGCUAUUGGAAAGGACGUGCAAGCCAUGAAGGCAGUUGUUGGUGAAGAGGCCUUGUCGUCUGAGGAUCUGCUGUAUUUGGAGUUCCUGGACAAGUUCGAACGGAAGUUUGUGUCACAGGGACCAUAUGAUGCACGAGAUAUUUAUCAGUCGCUGGAUCUUGCAUGGUCGUUGCUUCGGAUCUUCCCACGCGAGUUGUUGCGCCGUAUUCCUGGGAAAACUCUUGACCUGUUUUACAACAGGGUUGCUGAGUGAGAGCAGAGGGUAUGAAAUUAUCAGUCGUUUGAUUCUCCCAUGGUCGUUGCUUCUGGUCUUUCCACGGGAGUUGUUGCGCCGUAUUCCUGGGAAAACUCUUCGCCUGUUCUACAACAGGGUUGGUGAGUGAGAGCAGAGGAUAUGAAUGUGAUGACGUCUGUGUCAUCAUAUCAUUGCGUUCCUGCUACUACACAGUCAAAACAUUGUGGUCCUGUCCUGCAUCCAAGGAAGCUUCAACCAAUUUGUGUGUGUGAGCGUGUGUGUGUGUGUGUGUGUGUGUGUGUGUGUGUGUGUGUGAGAGAGAGAGAGAGAGAGAGGGUUGUCUAGAGGAGGAUGAAUGUGGUCGUGUCCUUGUCAAUGGAUUGUUUCGUCGCUGUGGCUAGACAGUUAUGAAUACCUUGUGGGACUGUUCUGUGUGCACCGCAGUUCCAAGAGAAGGCUGCUGCUGCUGUUGCUUUCUGUUAUCUCUAUCCACACUUGAGAAACAGUGUGGGGUAUGGCAGGGUCUUCAUCACUUGAUCACUUUAGCAGAGAGAGGAUUGCCUAGAGGAGAAUAAAUGUGGUCGUAUCGUCCAUGGAUUGUUUCGUCGCUGUGGCUAUACAGUUAUGAAAAACCUUGUGGGACUGUCGUGUGUGCACCGCAGUUCCAAGAGUGGCUGCUGCUGCUGUUGCUUUCUGUUAUCUCUAUCCACACUUGAUUACUGUGUGGGGUAUGACAGGGUCUUCAUCACUUGAUUACUGUAGCAGCCUGCACACAUCACUGUGUUUUCUUAGACCACCACUACCCCCACCACCCUAAAUUCGAGCAGACCGGUAGCACAGGUUCACGAGGACUACCAGUAGCCCAUGGGGAGGACCGGGCGGAGUGGCAAAAAUGGAAAAUGCGUUGAAUUGCCGCCGCAAUUUAUGUUGCGGUUGAACCAAUUUUGUUUAGUUAUUUUAUUUUUUUUUUCCUGGAAAAAUUACGACCAAAUCUAAAGUCCGUCCGAUUUUCAGGGCUUUUGAGUUAUUCUUCUGAGCACAAAAAAUCAAAGAAGUUGCUGAAAGUUGUGGGACUGGACCUGCCUGCACUGUAUGACCAGGAAAGCCGAAUUUCUGAUGUCGGGGGUAGUGGUGGUUUAAGUGAUUCAUUGUCGUCACACAGUAUAUAUCUUAUGUAACUCCUUAUUCUGCCUGUAUUGGGUAGUUACUUGCUCCACAGAUUUGGUGGCUGGUGCAUUUCUUCAUCUUCUGUGUUGCCAUUGAGAUUGGCCGCAUGGUACUGUUGGUGCUGUAAACGGCCUGUAAUAGGAGGGGUGGAAGGAGCAUCAGUCCAUGUUGCUGGCUGCAUGGGAGUUUGUGCUCACGGUUGCGCAUGAUUUUGAUUCCUGUUGCAUACUACUNUAGGAGGGGUGGAAGGAGCAUCAGUCCAUGUUGCUGGCUGCAUGGGAGUUUGUGCUCACGGUUGCGCAUGAUUUUGAUUCCUGUUGCAUACUACUACGUGCAUUACAUUCAGCAACAUGUGACGCGGUUGUGUGUGUGUGCGUGUGUGUGUGUGUGUGUGUGUGUGUGAGAGAGAGAGAGAGAGAGAGAGAGAGAGAGAGAGAGAGAGAGAUGUAUCCACUACUCUCAGUAAUAGGGAAGGCACUAACUGUAGAGAUAUCCUCGGCCAACAUCCUAAAGAUGCGCCAGAUAGGAGUAGAGGAUGAGAUGGUUUUGCUGAGAUGAAAUGCAUAAGUUUCGGUGAGAUGUUNGAUAUCCUCGGCCAACAUCCUAAAGAUGCGCCAGAUAGGAGUAGAGGAUGAGAUGGUUUUGCUGAGAUGAAAUGCAUAAGUUUC